AUAUUGAUAUCAUUCAUCAAAUAUGUACAAUGUAUGCGAGUAAUAAAAGCCGGGUUAAGUCGCAAUGUGACUUUUACUCGGAUCGGCAGUUUCUAAUCUUCGCGCUUAGUUGCGCCGCUUGCGCACAACGGCGCUAGUGUUGAUUAACUAACAGCAACGAGCUGUCAAAGAAGGCACACCUUGCUUUUAUAUUUUUGUAUUUUCUCAAAUCUUAUAUUCUGUACGGUAUUUAUGUUAUCAGCCGUUUAGCAUAAAAAGCUACAUUUUCAGUGACGAAGAUAACAACAAUGACUAGUAUAAAGCUAUUGGAGGAGAGAGUCGCAGAUCUUGAAAAACAAAUAUAUGGAGUUGGUAAAUGUCCUUCAAUCGAUGAUCCUCUACCAGAGAACUCCGUUGUGGAUAGUCUUCUACAUGCAAAUACCCUCAUCGCCUCAGCUCUGUCUGGUCGGGAGAAAGCAAAUGCUCUCGUAAAACGGAUGCCUGAACUUAACGAUUAUUUAGACCCUAAGUUUGAGAAUAUUGAUUUGCAAACUGAAGCAAAGGUCGAGCUGAUCCUUACUGUAGAACCACAGAUCAGAGAGAUCAUUCAAAUGCUUGAGAAAAUGCAAGAGUUAGCGCCAGUGCUAGAAACUGAACUUCCUCAUGGUGUUCCCGAGUUAACUGGUAAGCUGAACACCUUAACUCUAUCUUACCUGAAAGUAAAUGAAGAUUCGGAAGCACUGUCUGCCCAAACAUAUGAAGUAUUUUCCAAAUACAAUGAAAUAAUCACUAGUAUUUCCAAAUCCUUAAUAACUUUGGAUGCUGCAGUAACGGCUGCAGAAAUAGCAGCUACACCGGUUAAACAACUAGAUUGAAUGAGAACUUGGUUGAUUUAUUUUUGUAACUUACAAAUAUGUGUUUGCUUUAUUAAGGUAGCCUUGAAUUUUUUCGAUACUAUUUAUUAUUCAUGCUCUGUAAAAUUCAAAUAAAGUAAUACUAUUAGAAAAUGAA